GUCAUUUCAUUUUUCCAGGCGGAGUUGGUGGAGAAGUAAAGAAAGAAGCCGCUGAAAAGCCUGAGAUUCUUGGAGAGAUUAGACUUUAGAGAUGAAAGAAUGCGAGCUCUGCAAAUAUCCUGCAAGGACGUAUUGCGAAUCUGAUCAAGCUAGCUUGUGUUGGGACUGCGAUGCGAAGGUUCACUGUGCCAACUUCCUCGUCGCUAGGCAUUCUAGGAGUCUGCUUUGCCAUGUUUGUCAAUCGGCGACGCCUUGGAAAGCUUCGGGAGCGAAGCUUGGACAGGCGGUUUCGGUUUGCGAGAGGUGUGUUAAUAACUGUAAUGGCAGGGAUGAGAGAGAUGAGAGAGGCGAAGUAGAAGGUCAGGCAGUAAAUGACGGCGAAGAUGAGAUUGAAGAAGAAACAGAAGAUGAUGACGACGAUGAAGAUGAAGAUGAUUCUGAAGAUGACGAAGAUGGAGAAAAUCAGGUCGUCCCCUGGUCUUCCACUCCGCCUCCACCAAUCACCAGUUCUUCGAGUGGUGAUGAGUCUUCAAGUAGUGCCCACAACAGAGGAUGAUCUCCACUGCGCGGCUUCCGACCCAAACAACAAUAGGGCGUUGGUGGAGCCAGGGGCUGGAUCCUCAAACGACGACGAAGUAACCUCUUGUGGUUCUUUCAGGCCUUUGAAAAACCUAAAGAGAACUCCGACGACUUCAUCGGUCCAACCGGAAUCUAGAGCGGCGGCACUCCUCUGCUCGCUAGAGAGAUUCCAGCACGACAGACUCUCCGGCGAAGACGCAACUGCAAUGAUACUCGGAAUCUGCAAAUUAACCAAAGAUCCUGAUGCCGUUGAUAUCGUUUCUAUUGAUCAUCAUUAGCCGUCGGAUCUGAAUCAGUUUUAUUUUCUUCUCUUAAUUAAUAUCUCAUUAUAAACU